AUGACUUCUCAAAUUACAGACGUAGUAAAAGAAUGUCCGAUUUGUGCCAAGUACUCCGCUUCACAGCCUAAUCCUCCAAUGUUGACACAUAGUAUUCCGGUGUAUCCAUUUCAACUUGUUUCGAUGGACUGUUUUUUCGCAGACUAUCGUGGUUGUAAAUGCAAAUGGCUCGUCACUGUGGAUCACUACUCUGACUUCUUCGAGGUGAACAAUAUCAAGGAUUUGACUCCAGAAUCUGUCAUCAUGGCUCGUCAACAGAAUUUUGCGCGGCACGGUAAACCUCAGAGAAUUCUGACUGACAAUGGUUCCAACUUUGUCAAUUCGAAGAUGGUCAAGUUCGCUUCUGAUUGGGACAUAGAACAUGUUACAUCGGCCCCUCAUCAUCAGCAGGCCAACGGAAAAGCUGAAGCUGCCGUGAAAAUCGCCAAACGACUUCUCAAGAAAGCUGAAGAAACAGGAGCAGAUUUUUGGUACGCGCUGUUGCACUGGCGCAAUAUCCCAAAUAUAAUUGGAUCCAGUCCAGCCAGUUCGUUUGUUUUCCCGUGCCAUUCGCUGUGGUGUACCAAUAUCGAAUCUUCUUCCGAAAGUAGCAAAAGAUGUUCCUGA